CGUCUUUCAGCCAAGUCAAAGAAUUAAAUCUGCCCCCUUGGCACUCGGUCUCGAUUGGUGGUCAGACAAACUGCCUCAGCAGAUCACGAUUCAGCCCAGCCUUCUCUUCGGUUGGAAAAGAACCGCUAGGCUGCUCGAGCGCAUCUCCUGACGCAAAAGCGGUGUCGUCACCAGCACCAAACACUUCUACAUACUUCUCCUUUGACUACGGAGGCCUCACUAAUUGGUCCGACCAAUGUGUUGCCCUGCUGCAGGCUGAGUCUGAGAACGAGACUAAGAGAGCAGGCGCUCCGAUCGGAGGAGGGGAGGGAGCCGGUAACAGGUCGGAGAACGAAAAGGGCUUAGGGCCGGAGGUAAACCUGCCCUUCGAAUAUUACAGACAGAGUGCUGAGCAAAGCAACUCCAUGGGACCAGGACCGAACCGAAGUGGACAAGUACCGAACUGCCGAACGCAGAUGGGAGAGGACGCGAAACCUAGCGCCUAUGAACUGGGAGGAGUUGGAGACAAGCAUCCAGUCAGAAGUGGCUACGAAUGGGUCCAAGAAGUUUCAGGUAAGACCUACAAAAUGCAUGAGGCAAAAGGCCUGAUAGAGACUAAACUUGACAGAUUUUGCAUGCACAAGGGUCAAAAGCAAAUGUGGAUGUACAACACUAUUGAGUACUCAUUGAAGUCAAAGUACGGAUGCAGGCUUUAUCUCCACCCCUUAGCUGAAUGGAAAUUUAGAUUUACUUGGUGCAAAUUCGCUUCGAGACCUGAUUGCUAG